GUGCUGUCGGCCAAUUGAAAACCGGAUAUCAAAUGGGGGAGGGAUGGUGCCAGGGGGUGAAACUUUGAAUCGCCGCUUGCCGCUCUCAAUUAUACGCUCAUAAAGUUUUCUCCACUCCAUUCCGCUCUCAUUCGAAGAAGUAUCUGUCUGUCAGUGAUCGCGCGACCUGUCACACCGUAAGUUUCGCGGGUUACCAUCAUUUUUAUUGUGCGAUAUAUUACGCAUAUGGUGAAGGCUUUUUGGCAAUUUUAAGAAUGGAAUAGUGUUGCUAAGCCGAUACUUUUCAAUAAGGUGUACCAUUCAAAAACUCAACUCUCAAUAUUAAAUCGAGAACGUUCAUAAUAACUUGGAGUGUGUGGAGUUUUAUUUCGCAAGCUUGAAUCACCGGAACUUAAUGUUGACAUAAUGCAGAUGUCAGAGUUGAGUACUGAAAGUUUUUAAGUGUUGGACGAUCUGCAUAAUAAGUGAACCGAUAUCCCAUCAACUGUGAUGUACUCCUUGUACCGCGCAUGGUUAUCGUUCGGCCCAGGAAGCAGUCCUCUCCAGCCACCACCACCUCUUCCACCGAUACAACCUGCACCAGGUGCUCCAUCAACUUUGACCUCCUCGCUACCGACAUCUCAACAGCUCAAUCUAGCGGCAGUAGCUGCAGCUGCUACCGCCGCAGCAGCAGCUGUUCAGCUACCACCGAUCGUAUCCGGUGCUCCAGACGUGACUUUGCAAGUUGGACCUAAUAUGACGCAUUUCUCAGCUCAUAAGGCUGUUUUGUCGGUACACAGCGGAUAUUUCAAGGCUGCAUUGACCCACAGUAACGAAUCAUCAACGCCAAUCUCAGUACCAAAUGUCAACGUAGACGAAUUCUCAUCACUCCUAACCUUCAUGUACACAGGCUACCUUGACCUCAACAUAAGCAAUAUCUAUAGUAUUCUUCUAGCCACGCAUAUCCUACAUAUGCCUAGGGCAUUAGAAAUAUGCAGGUCAUUCCUGCUCCAUUCCCAAACAGCAGCCGCGGCAGCUGUGGCAUUAGAAAGCAGGGUGAAUGUGAUAAAACCAAUACCAAGUAAAAAGAUUCCACCGAUUACCCAAGAAAUCCAUCCUCCAGCUUUUGGAAGGUUGAACAAGUCAGAGGAUACACCUUUCAGAACUGUCGGAAAUAAUGCAGAAAGUAGUGAGCAAAAAAAGGAAGCUUCUUCAGAAUCGGCAAUGAAGGUCAAUUACAUUAACAGCGAUAAGCCUGUAACGAAAUCUGAAAAGAAGCCACAGGAACGAAGAACAAAGAAACGCUUAGAAUCAUCUUCUUGCGAAAAAGUUAUCGUCGAUAUAGCUUGUUGUGACGGACCUGUCAAAUUCCACAGGGUAGUGAACAAAAACUACGGCCUCCAGCCCCCUAUAUCAGAGCCUUACGAAAAGGACGACAUCAACAACAGAAACGUGGCCAUGAACAAAGCGAUGAACGAAAACAUCAGAGACCAGCAACUAGGAGACGAAAACGAAAACCUACAACAGAAUAACGAGAUAUUUACGUGCUUAUAUUGCAACCACACAUUCAAAUCGCAGUACUGCUAUCAGAAACAUGCCCGAAGGCAUCUGAAUCCCGUCAGUUUAGAAGCGAAGUCUGGAGGAUCAUCCACAGAACUGAAGAGGGAAGUGAAGCUGUUAGACAUGAACGUUCAGUAUUAUCCGUGCAAGAUAUGCGGCAGCAAAUUCCCGAGUUACUAUUUUGUACACAAGCAUAGGAAGAUGUGCCAUUCUGAAGAUGUGGAUAACAAAAAUAACGAAACGGUCUUGCAGAAUGCUACUGAGAAUACUGAUAGCAGUAGUUGUAGUGCUAUAGAUGUAGAAGCUAUUAACAACGAUAAAUAAAUUUUAUUGAUUGCAAUAAUAUCUAAGGAAAAUAAAUG